AUGAACGGAGAGUCCCAUGAGCGCCGCGAUCAGCGGAUUCAAGAUCUGUGGCGGACUCUGGACACCCGCAAUGAGGGCCAGCUCGACCUCCAUGCCCUUAAGAAGGGCCUCCGCACCCUUGACCAUCCUCUUAAGAACGCCGACGAUCUCCUUCACGAUGUCCUCAAGGCGGUCGACACCUCUGGUGACGGACGUAUCCAGUAUAACGAGUUCAGAGUCUUUGUGGAGCAUGCCGAGCGGGAACUCUGGCAGCUGUUCGACAGCAUAGAUAAAGACAACAGCGGCGGCUUGGACAAGAAUGAGCUGCGCUCUGCGUUUGCCCGGGCGGGCAUCACAAUUAGCAACGCUAAACUAGAUCAAUUCUUUGACGAGGUGGAUGUCAAUCACGAUGGAGAGAUCAGCUUUGAGGAAUGGAGAAACUUCCUCCUCUUCCUUCCGGGCGGUCGAUCUAGCCUUGGUGCGGUGCUCAGCUAUUAUUCUGCAACGGCAAAUGUCAACCAAGAAGGAGAUGUCACCAUCAAUGACACCCUGAAAGGAUUCGAUUUUCUCCCGCCACCAGGCUAUUUCAUAGCCGGCGGCUUAGCAGGCAUGAUCUCGCGAACAGCCACCGCACCGCUCGACCGACUCAAAGUCUAUCUGAUCGUCCAGACAAACCCCAAACAGGCUGCGAUAGAAGCGGCAAAGAAGGGAGCCCCGCUCCAAACCGUCAAAAACUUCGCUCGGCCUCUGAUCGAUGCGUGCAAGGAUCUGUGGGCAGCUGGUGGUAUGCGCAGUCUGUUCGCUGGGAAUGGCCUCAAUGUGGUCAAAGUCAUGCCCGAGUCGGCGAUUAAAUUUGGGGCUUACGAGGCUGCGAAGAGGGCGCUUGCACAAUUUGAAGGCUCAGACCCGAAGCAUCUACGUCCGACUUCACAGUUCCUCGCCGGCGGCUUUGGAGGUGUCAUCUCUCAAUGCGUGGUUUAUCCACUUGACACCCUUAAAUUUCGAAUGCAAUGCGAGACUGUCGCCGGCGGCCUUCACGGUAAUGCCCUCAUCAUUCAAACUGCGCGGAAGAUGUGGAGACAAGGACGACUGAAGCCUUACUACCGUGGGCUAGGCAUGGGCCUUGCAGGAAUGUUCCCGUACAGUGCAAUCGACCUGUUUAUUUUCGAAAACUGCAAACGUUUUGUUCUGGCCCGCAAGGCAAAGAAGGCUCGAUGCCAUGAAGACGACGUUGAGAUGAGCAACUUCGUCACAGGAAUCAUCGGAGCGACAUCAGGAGCGAUCAGUGCCACGGCAGUGUAUCCGAUCAAUCUACUCCGAACGAGAUUGCAAGCUCAAGGGACUGUUCUGCACCCACCAACCUACACCAGCAUCUGGGAUGUCACUGUGAAGACCGUGCAAGGAGAAGGUCUCAGGGGACUAUUCAAGGGGGUGACACCAAAUCUUCUGAAGGUCGCACCGGCUGUGAGCAUCAGCUACGUGGUUUACGAGAAUAGCAAGGCAUUGCUAGGACUCUCUUGA